CUCCCUGCUCCUCCCCUGCUUGUGCGCAUUCUCUCUCUCUCAACAUAAAGAAAUAAACUUAAACAAAAACUAUGAAGAUGGUUGAUAUAAAGGCCUGGGCUGAGUAUGUUGUGGAUUGGGCUGCAAAGGACCCGUAUGGCUUCCUUACAACAGUUAUUUUGGCCGUUACACCGUUGUUUCUAGUAAAUGCCAUAGUGUCCCGGAAAUUGGUCAAGAUGAUUGAGGCCAGGGAAAAGGACCAAAAGAAGAAACAAAAAUGUCAAGAAAAUAUUGCAAAAGCUAAAUAACUGAAUAAGCACUUAAGGAAUGAACAGGCUGUACAACCAGAGGUAAAUCAUUUGGAAAAUUAUGCAGUUUUGGAAGGACCCACUAAGGUUUCUUUUCUGUUUUUCAUGACAGUAGUUUGUAGUAAAGUCUGAGGACAUGGAAGAAUCAUGUUAGUUAUGACUUCUACUGCAGCAACUUUUAGGCUUUGGUGUAGAAGUCUGUUGGUGGUUAUUGUAAAUUGGCAUUUAUUAUGCUAUAAAUUCUUUAUAACUUAGUCAUUUGCCAUUUUGCAGUUUAUGUACUGUAAUGAAAGCAUCCUGUGGAAAAUGACCCUACAUUAUGAACUCUAUUCAAAUAAUGGCUUAGAACAGGGUCCUGUUGUGGACGAAGGAAAUUAAGAACUUAAAAAUCAGAAUUAUCCUGAUGUAGAAAGUGUGCUUUGGCUUUUAAGCCUUUUAAGACACAUAGUAUAUUAAUUAUUAUAUCCUUUAUCAUUAUCGCUUAUUUCUUGGAAUAGAAUCAUUUCUGGCUUUUUCAAAGCCAAAUAUUAACCAAUGACUAUUUCUGUGUUCUGCAUUUUUCUCAUUUUAGCCUUAGAGAUAAUUAUCAGAUAUUCUGCAUUUCUUAAAAUCUAAUUUUAUAAAGAAUUCUCAUAUUGACUAUGAAGAAAACCACCUACCAGAUAUAACCAUGUUUGUACUUAUGAACACUGCCAUUUUCUUAGAGAUGUCUUGUUGAGUAGAAUAACACUAUGACUUAAACGCUUGCAGUAAAAAUGCCAAACCUUGUGGUACCUUGGAACCAGUUUAUUCUUUCUUGUGCUAAGUAGAAAUGUGAAGUAGUUAAAAUGUCUUAUCAGAUAAUUUGCUGAUUAAAUAAAUGCCACGUUUGUGUUUUUUCUA